GACUAAAGUCUUCUACUCGCAUUUUGGUCUCCAAUGCUCACAUUCGCACGGUCCUGUCCUUCCUGUGCGAAAGAGAGCGAGACGGAGAAGAAGGGAAUAAAAAAUGAGCGCGCUUCCUUUGAAGAAGCCCAAGGUGGAGACGAAUGAUGGGGAUGAAGUAGAACUACAAUCGAAAACCACCACAAAUAACAUGGACAACAACAGCAGAGAAGAGCAAGAAGAGGCAUUGGUAGCCCUGAUCGAGCACCGUACACACGAAGUCAAACAUCUUAGGCACCGCAUCUCCUAUUACAAAUCUCAGCUUGAGGAAGCAGAGAGAAGGUUGCAUGAUUCACAAUCUAAAUUGGCUCGACUUCGAAGCCAAAGUAAUGUUGUGCCAAUAAAAGGUUCUCUGGAUAAUGCAACGAAGAACGUGAAGGUGGAGCGCAGAUCAACUAGUCCCAUCCGUAUAAAUGAGGGUUCUUCUAGAAACCAUUCUCAGUCAAAACCAGAACUUUUAAUCCCUGCUGCGAAUCCAAAACUUUCCCAGCCUAUAAAAUCUUCAAAUAUUUCUAAGACUCAAGCCAAUCCACCAGUUUCCACUCAAUAUAAUAGUGCUACAAAAGCGAAAGGGGGCAGACCUUCUAGAGUUUCUUCUGAGCCAGAGGUUGUUGAAAUUCAGGAUAAAGGAACAAAAAGAAAACUUGAUGAGAAAGAACACAAGGAACUGAUUCCGUUGAUACGUAGAAGUUCUUCACCAUGCAUAAUCCACUGCUAUAGAAGCAAUCAUAUCCCUAGUCAGCACAAGAGAAAGUUGAGAAGUCUGUCCUUGUGUCCAGUGGACGAUCAGCUUUUUGUGACUAGUGCUUUGGAUGGAUUGGUCAAUUUGUGGCAAGUUCAAUCGGGGGGGUCAAGUGCCUCUCUACUUAGCUCUACUGAUUGUGUAUCCCCAAAGCAGAGGAGAUGGCCUGAGGAUAUAGCCUGGCACCCACAGGGGAAUUGCCUGUUUUCUGUAUACAGUGCUGAUGGUGGAGAUUCUCAGAUAUCAGUUCUUAAUCUCAAUAAGACACAAGGGAGAGCUCGUGUAACUUUCUUGGAGGAUAAGCCUCAUGUUAAGGGUAUUAUUAACAGCAUAACCUUCAUGCCCUGGGAAGAUGCCUGUUUUGUCACUGGAGGCAGUGAUCAUGCCGUUAUACUUUGGAGUGAGAAAGAUGAGAACUUAUGGAAACCAAAGGUAUUGCACAGGAGUAUGCAUUCAUCAGCUGUUAUGGGAGUAGCUGGGAUGCAGCAAAAGCAGAUUGUACUGUCUGCCGGGGCAGACAAGCGAAUUAUUGGGUUUGAUGCACAAGUAGGAAGAGCAGAUUUCAAGCAUCUAAUAGAAAGUAAAUGCAUGAGUGUCUUGCCAAAUCCAUGCGACUUCAAUUUAUUCAUGGUUCAAACAGCAACCCCUGGGAGGCAGCUCCGAUUGUUUGAUAUCAGAUUGAGACAGACUGAACUUCAUGGUUUUGGAUGGAAGCAAGAAAGCAGUGAAUCUCAGUCAGCGCUCAUAAAUCAGGCUUGGUCUCCUGAUGGUUUAUACAUGACAUCUGGUUCAGCAGACCCGAUGAUUCACAUCUUUGAUAUCAGGUAUACCGCUAACAAGCCUUCCCAAUCAAUACAAGCCCAUCAGAAACGUGUCUUCAAGGCUGUGUGGCUCCACUCACUUCCGCUUCUCAUUUCCAUAUCCUCUGAUCUCAACGUUGGAUUGCACAAGACCUCUUAAAUUUUCCAUGCUGUUGUUUACUUAUAUGGGCCAUAAGAAAGAAUUUCUUCCCAUGCUUCCUAUGUUGCUUUGGCACUGAAGUUUAUACCUCUUCUGAGGUCGAACAACUUUUUGAAGGUCCAUUUUUGCAUGACAAAGCAAAACAUUGCUGUUGGGAUGGUGGAAAAAGAUGCAAGUUUUGUAGACAUUCAGUAGUUCUGAAGUGGAUUGAGGUAAACUGUGGGUCUGAUAUUUUAUGCCGGUGGCAGCCACUUAUGAUGAUAUGGCACACCUACCAUUGAGUCAAGCUGGUAGUGUAUGAAUCAUGAUAUAUGUUUUUUUAUUA